CAUUCCCCAUUUAUAACUAACAAACUAAUAGACAGAGCAAGAAAGAAAGAAACGUGAGAGAGGGCGAUCCAAGAAUGGCGGGAAUCAUCCACAAGAUCGAGGAGACGCUCCACAUAGGCGGUGGCGAAGAUCACAAAAAGGACGACCACAAAGAUGACGACCACAACAAGGACAAGGACAAGGAAGGCAUCGUCGACAAGAUGAAGGACAAGCUCCAAGGUGACCACCACGGUAGCGGCGGCCACGACGGCGAGAAGAAGAAAAAGAAGAAGGAAAAGAAGAAGCACGAUGACGGUCACGAGAGCGGCAGCAGCAGCGAUAGCGACUGACUCAUCAUCAUUUCUCCUAAUUCAUUCAGGUGACUACCAGCGAUCCAGCCUUUUAUUUAAAUCCCUUUAAGAAAUUCCAAUCUUUGGAGAUGACAAAUUCAUGAGAGCGGUUGAUUCGAUCAUCAAUUUUUUUUAUGAGUUAGGCGUCCUCCUCGAAAUCUAUUUUUAUAAAAAAAACAUUGUGAAAGCAAGCAUGGAGCUACAUUGCCUUUCGGGGCACCCGCUCCCCUGAGAAUUUCGAAGAUCGAGUAAAAAUAUAUCGUUACUUUAGAACAUUACGUAUAAAUUACAUAACAAACAUAAUAGUGAAGCGUGUUUUAGCUUCAGAUUUUAAUAUAGUCACCAAAUUAUGAAAAAUAUUAUUGAUCAUAUUUCUCAGUUAUAACAAUAGUGAUAACCAAAUACAAAUUUAAGAGAACGAUAAGCUUAUGUUGGUAAGUUAGUUAUUUAUCUCAAAAUAUGGCAGCGAAAUUAUUUAGUAUUUUCUCCACCGAUUUUUAUGCUUGGUCUUCUAAUAAUAUUAAUUAUUAAAUAACAUUUUGUAUUGUCAUAACCAAAAAUAACUUUCUUUACAAGUCAUUAGCAUAUAGUUAUGUUUUGCUUAUUAUUUUUUAUUAUAAUUAUAUGAAAAAAAUAUUCUGUUCCCCCGAUCUUCAAAUCUUGACUCUGCUCCUGCGUGAAAGGAUUCUAUUAUACCUAAAAUUAGGAUAUCAGUUUCGUUUUUAGUUACGAUUUCUGUUAAUUUUAAUGUUUGUUUGUGUUGGUUCAUGCUCAGGUGUGUUACUGCAGAGCUAUGUAAGAAGCUCCUCCGAUGUUUGUCGGAGCCAUAUGCGUGGAACUAGCUACAUAAAUAAUAGGAGAUUAAUAAAUAAGGAAGAUUUAUGUUACAUUAUCUUUUAUCCCAUAUAUAUAUUCAUUUUGGUCUGGUGGGAGAUCAUAGAUAUGAACUAUCCAAUAUGUAUUCAUUCCACCGUGUCACCGUACGUUAUGAUCUAGCUAUCCUUUGUGUGUGUUUUUUUAAUAUUUUUGGGCGAGAAAACUUGCGUUGAAAUCGAAUUGAGUGCACCUUGAAUUCUUUGGACACUGAUUAACUUAACACAGUUCACACCUUUUCAAACAAUGUUCGAACGAGGGUGUUCGAUAUUUACACGACUCACGAGACAAAAAUCUACAUUAAAUUACCCUAUUCCUA